CGCAAGCAAGCACCCAUUCGCCCCAUAACGACGCCAGCGUGCACCAGCCGCCAUCGUCGUUACACCUCACAUCAGCAGCAAUAACGCAACUUGACGAUCUCGGAUGACCGUCUGACCACACGCCAACGAUUGUGAGAGAAGCAGCUCCGAAUCAAGAGCUGGACAAACAUCAAGCCCUCCUCGGGAUCGUCUCACUCUGACCGCUCCAUCGCCAGCCUCUGAUGGAGAGCGGCAGAGAAAGACGAACCACUCGAUCUCGCUCCAUCAAGUCCCAAGCAGCCACCCAAGCAUCUUCAUCUUCUAGCGGCAACGCCGUCGCCCCCUCCACUUCCUCCUCUUCAUCCUCAUCCUCUUCGUCGCGACACCUACCCAUCUCCAACAGCUCUUCAUCCGCCCAAGCUCCCACUGCUCGACGACCUCGUCGAUCCACCGCUCUUAGCUUCAACUCGUCGACGGCAGACUCGCUCGCAGACGAAAGCAACACAUCCAGCAUUUCGUCAAUCUCCACGCCAGCCACCGCUGCCACAAGUCCAGCCUCGGCCAUCGUAGCCUCUUCGUCAAAAGACUCAGCUUCGGGAAGCAAGCGCAAGCGAGCCGUCUCUGGUGCUCAAUCAGCCUCAGCAAGCUCAUCAUCCAAGGGCAAAGCCAAAGCAGUCGACACAACCGACUCGCCGCUACUCCCUCGAAGGUCUUCUCGCCGGGCGUCCCUUCCCACCGCACAGUCACCAGAAGCUUCGACCAGCACGAGCAGCAUCGAGCAGCCGGCCAAGAAGACUAAGCGUUCUGCUAGCACCUCGUCUUCGUCCCUGGCUUACAAUCUGCGAAGCAAACCUUCUACAGAAAGUCUCGCUGGUGCUACACGUGCACGCAAAGCGGUCAAGACCGACAGGAAAGCUUCGACGACUAGCAGCAGCAGCGGCAGCAGCAGCAAGUCGCGAGGCAACGCUAAGAGGAAGAUGGUUGCGAACAAGGAUGGUGCGUCGUCCAGCAGCGGUCGACGUACUUCGGCCUCAGGACCAUCCACUCGCCGCAAAUCAUCGAGCCGUGCAGGCAACGCCGCCAGUGGAUCCAGCGCUGCCUGCGGCAACGCCGACGAAGGCGUCGAGGAUGACUCAAUGCACGUUGACAUCGUGGACCACGACGAAGACGAUGAAGCAGACGACUACGAGGACGUCGACGAAGACAGUGAAGACGAGGAAGAGCAAGACUCGGGCAACGGGGAUCGCAACGCGGCAAAUGAGAAUCGUCAUCCACUCGCCGACGACGACGACGACGACGACGAGGGACACCCCUUCGACGACGAGGAGAUGUUCGAAGACGGCUUUGGUGGGUCCGACUUCGCCAACGUCGCCAGACUUGCAGGCUACCUCGGCGGCGGUGGCUCGCGCUAUCGUCAGCUACUCGCUUCGCUCCGCAACCGCAAGGACCCCACCACCCAAUUAAUUGCGCUUCAAGAGCUCUCAGAGGCGCUCAGCCUGGCCAACGAGGACACUUUGCAAGGUCACUUCUCGACUGAGUCUUUCGUCUCUGAGCUCGUCUCAAUUAUGGGCGGACCGCGCACGGGCGACGACGGCGAGCAAGCCGCCGAGGAGAACGAUGAUGCCUCCGCGGCUGUCGCCCUCACCGCCUCUGGCCUAGUCGAUCAGGGAGAAAUGACCCUCCUUGCGUGCCGAUGCUUGGCGAAUCUCAUCGAGGCUAUGCCCUACGCCGCUCAUACCGUAGUCGCCUAUGGAGCCAUUCCCGUCCUCCUCUCAAAGCUGACUGAGAUAGAGUUCAUCGACCUUGCGGAGCAGACGCUCCAGACUCUCGAAAAGAUCUCGGCAGAGACGCCGACGUCCAUCGUUCAAGAGGGAGGUUUGAUGGCAAUGCUUCAGUUCCUCGAUUUCUUCAACAUCCACAUCCAGCGCACGGCAAUGACUGCAGCUGCCAACUGUUGUCGCAGGCUCAGCGCCUCGCACUUUGAGAAGGUCAAGGACAUCAUUCCGAUCAUUCGCAACGUCCUUGGCUACGCCGAUCAGCGCCUCGUCGAGUCCGCUUGCAAGUGCGUCGUCCGUAUCAUCGAGAGCUUCCGUCAUCAGCCCGACUGCCUCGAGCAGCUCGUUGACAAGGAGCUCGUCCAGGCACUGAACGCUCUCUUGCUUCACGGCUCUCCUGGCUCGGCAUCUGCUGCAGGCGUUUCUGCCAGUGCAUCUAUCGGUCAAGGCACUUACACAGAUGUGCUCAAGUCAUUUAGCUCAGCCGUCAAGGCCAGCCCGAAGGUUGCUGUCAUUCUCCUCGAGACCAACGUCGUCGAGACUCUCUACACUCUGCUCACUGGCUCGGCUCCACCAGCAGAGGACGGCACGGGCGGACGUGGACCUGCUGCAUUCGAUUCGCAGGGCACGACCGCUUCGGCAAUGCAGCUCGAAGCAGCGGUGCCUGCCACUGCCGACGAUGCGGCGGUUGCUGUGGUUGGCGCGGCUGAUGGUGAUUCUGCUGGCCAAGGUGUCGCGGUGGCGGACAUGGCUGUCCUUCAGAAUCUCGCACAUCGACCCAAGGAACAGGUACAAGAGGCUCUGUCGCUGGUCAGCGAACUCCUCCCUCCAUUGCCUAGGGAGGGCGUCUUCGACCAUCGAGCAUACAGCGAAAAGGCGUGGCACAAGAAGAGGAAAAGCGCGCGUGACCAAGCCGGCUCGCGCAGGACGAGCGGUAGCACCGUCAAGGCGGAGGCUGCGACACCCAUCAAGGCGGAGCCUGGCUCAGAGGCGGAUGGCGCCAUCGAGACGUCUGCCUCUCCCGUCGCCGCUGCGGCCGUUGCAGAGGGCGGCGAAGCGGCGGCCGUACUCCCCGUCAAGCAGGAACGAGUCAAGAGCGAGAAAGAGUUGAUGCGCGAGCAAGCUCAAAAUCGCCGCACAGAGAUGCUCCGAGAGCAGGAUGGCCUCAUCAAGCGCUUCACGCAGCUGGUUCUUCCUACACUCGUGGAAGUUUAUGCUGCGAGCGUCGCCCUCCACGUCCGCGUCAAGGCACUGCAGGGCAUUCUGAAGAUCAUAAGCUUCGUUGACGCCGAGAAGCUCAAUUCAGUGCUCGAUAAUGUUCCCCUCGCCGGCUUCAUUGGUGCCAUUCUCUCCUCGCGCGACGACCCGUCCGUGGUGCUGCCUUCGCUCCAGAUGGUAGAGCUACUCUGCAACAAGCUGCCCGAGGUCUACAAGAGCUUGCUUCGCCGCGAAGGUGUCAUGUGGGAGAUUGAAGACAUUGCCUCCAAGCAGCCCAACACGACCAAGUACGGGACCAAUGCUUCUUCUUCUGCUCAGCUCUCCCUCCCUGUCGGACAGGGCGCAUCCUCACCAAGCAAUGCCUCCGCUGCCGCCACCAACGCGGCAGCCUCCGCAGCAGCCUCAACGGGCGUGCCCACGAUUCCGACCCUCAAUGAGUUGGGCGCCACCAGUGCUGCGGGGCUAGCUUUGGGUCGUGCCUACGGCUCGUCGACGUCCGCCACUCUUGGUCGAGCAUCCGCGACCACGGCCGCGACUCCAACCCCUCAGGAGCAGCAAGAUGCCCUCAUUUGGCGCUCGCGCAUCCUACGAGACCGAUUCAACAAGGAAGCAGCCAACGCCGAAGGCGGUGCCAACCACGCUGUGCGAGCGCUCGAGGAGGUUUCGGCCAACGUCUCCACUCUGGCCGACGCAGCUCACACGGGCCCCACUCAAGCAGCUGAAGCACUGGAGCGUAUCCUCACUCUCUUCUCCAAGCCCGAAGAGCCCAUCUCUAGCUUUGAGCUACUCCGCUCCGGCCUCAUUGACGGGCUUUACAACUUUGCCACGGAGGACAGCGUCGAGGUGCCUGCCGAGACGCGACGCCAGCUCCUCAUCGACGCCCUCAUGGCACCCGACGCUGCGAAUCAUUCAAGGGGCAGCUCGCUCGUCCGUCGUCUGCAGGAGUCGCUCAACCGUCUGGAGAACCUCGAUAUCAGCACGGCCGUUGGUGCGGGACAGGAUGACAUGCGACGCUACGGCUCUGCCGCGGGUAUUCACCGUCAGAUCCGCCUGCGACUUCAGGCUGAGGAGGGUACUGAGACGCCCAGGUCCGUUAGCAACCUCGUGGUGGGCAUUCAUGCCAUUGCCUCGCUGGACCGACUUGCAGAGUUCCUCCGUCCUAAGCUCCAGCAGGCAGCCAAUGGAGACGACGGUGGACUGUCGAGAAGCGCUCGCCUCACCUCGAUGCUUGCAGCACUCAGUGGCGGGGCGGGGGGACUGGAAGGAGCACUGGCAGCAGAGAGAGCUGCACUGCUCGGGCGUGCCGCCCCGGCUACCGGUGGCAGCGGGGGACAGGGCGGCUUACCGUCCACAACUUCAGCGUCGGCGACUGCGGCUCCUACCAACGAGGAUAGCUCCUCCUCAUCAAGCGCGGCCAAGAAGACGGCACCGCGUCGCAGCUCGAGGCUCACUCGCAAGAAUUCCGGGGGCAGCGGCAAGAGCGAGGAGGCGGAGAGUGCUGAGAGCGACACCAAGGGCAAGAGCAGCGCUGCAGCCACGACCAGCGCUGAGGACGCAGGCAACCCAGCGGUUUCGUCCUCAAGUGCAGCGACCGGCGGCGCGCAUGACCCAGCCGACGGACCAUCCUCGUCAUCAGACCCAUCUCGAGACGCAGCACGCUCUCUCAUGCAAAGUCUGCUGGGCGACGCUCUGGACGACGAGGCCUAUGCAGAGGAGGAAGAGGGACUUGGCGAAGAGAUCUUCGAGGACGAGGUUGGCCCUGCGGAUGGCGAGAUGAUCGGCGACACCUCGGCCGCAGACAAGACAGUCAACCUCGCCGUUGCCGAAGACGGCAAGAAGGUCGAAGUCAAGACACCUGACGGCACUCGAGUUCCCACUCCAGCAGGAGGCAGCUCUACUGCACUCGCUGGCGCUUCAUCUUCAUCCUCUCGACCCGCCUCGAACUCUAACGCAGGCGCCUCAAGCUCUUCGUCGGCGGCAACAGGCUCCAGCAGCGGCAGUCGCCCAUCGUACUCUGCUGCUCUUCAGCGCAAGCCCUCGGACUGGCACAUCCGCUUCUCGAUGGACGGACGCGAGCUUGCCGUCGACUCGACGAUUUAUGGCGCUGUCCACACUUUUGAGAAUAGCCCCAGCCGAGCAGCAGCCACGGCGGCAGCGUCAAACGGCAUCCCUGGCAGCAGCAGCAGCGCCGUAGCUAGCCUGUUGGGCGGGCGGAACAUCUGGAACAAUGUCUACACGCUCAAGUUCAGGAAGGUCGUAGGCGCCGCACCAAGAGCGGGCGUCGAGCAAACGCCCGAGCCCGAGAGCGGGGCAGACGCCUCGAGCAGCAGCAGCAUCACGGCCAUUACCCCGCCGGCCGAGCUGCCCGAAUCGAUUCCAGCCGACUCGCCCUUUGGCAAAAUCCUCCAGCUCCUUAAGGUCCUGCACAGCUUAAACGCACAAUGGCGCCAGCAGCGAGACGUCAGCGUAGGCUCGUCAGUGGCCAGCAGCGUUGUUGCAGACGGCAAGGUUGGACCCAUGAGCGAGUCUGCCUUUGUCAACAACAAGCUCACGGCCAAACUGAACCGCCAGCUCGAGGAGCCCAUGAUUGUCGCGAGCAAGUGUCUGCCCGACUGGUCGGUCCAGAUGCCCACGGAAUUCCCAUUCCUCUUCCCCUUCGAGGCCCGAUAUGCCUUCCUUCAGCUCACGGCCUUCGGAUACAAUCGCAUGCUCCACCGCUGGCAGUCAAUGGCGGCACGCAACCAGGAGAAUGCUACAGGCGGUGCCAGCGCCUCGACGUCGCGCUACGAUGAUCAGUCGCUCGCCCAUCUCGUCCGCUUGCCCCGUGCCAAGGUGCGCAUCGCGCGUGAGAACAUCCUUCCUUCGGCAUUUAGGGUCAUGGACCUCUACGGCAGCAAGGAAACGAUUCUCGAGGUCGAAUACUUCAACGAGGUCGGCACGGGACUGGGCCCAACGCUCGAAUUCUACGCCCUCACCUCCAAGGAGUUUGCGCGCAAGGAUCUACAGCUCUGGCGAGACAGUACGCCUGCUGACUCGACGACGGCAAGCAAGUUUGUCUACGCUCCUCGCGGGCUCUUCCCCUUGCCCCUCUCGCAGUCCAAGUUCGCCACGCAAGAGGGCAAGCGUCGCAUUGCCGCCUUUAAGAUCCUCGGUCAGUUCGUUGCCAAGGCCUUGCUCGACUCGAGGAUCAUCGACUGCGACUUCUCGCCCGUCUUCAUGCGUGCCGUACUCACAGGCAAUCGAGGCUCGCUAGCCAACAUGGCAACGCUCAAGGCCGUUGACUCUGCUUUGGCAUCGUCCCUUGAGAAGCUGCUCAGCAUGAGCGAGGAUGACCUGACGGGAAUGGCCUUUGACUUCACUCUGCCAGGCGAUGAGGAUUACGAGCUCAAGCCCAACGGCAAGUCCCUUCCCGUCACGCCCGCCAAUGUUGCAGAGUACAUCGACCUGAUCAUCGAUGCGACGGUGCGCUCGGGCAUUGCUCCAUUGAUCAAGUCCUUCCGUGCUGGCUUCAACUCCAUCUUCCCUAUCAAAUCCAUGGCCUCCUUUACGGCAGACGAGCUCGUCAUGCUCUUCGGCAAUACCGACGAGGACUGGUCUGAGUCCACGCUCGUCGCCUCUAUCAAGCCCGACCAUGGAUACAAUGCGGAGAGCGCUACCUUCCGUGACUUGCUGUCGCUGAUGGCUAGCUUCAACUUGGAGGAGAGGCGAGAGUUCUUGCAGUGGUUGACGGGCAGUCCAAAGUUGCCAAUUGGCGGGUUUGGAGGGUUGCAGCCCCAAUUGACGGUAGUCAAGCGACCCCACGAGGCGCCCUUCAAGCCAGAUGAUUACCUGGCCAGCAACAUGUCGUGCGCAAACUUUUUGAAGUUGCCCGAGUACAGUAGCAAAGAGACGAUGAGGAGGAGACUGCAGACUGCAGUCAGGGAGGGGGCCGGAGCGUUCAAUUUGUCGUAAGGUUGAGAGGCAGCGUAGGAAGUCAAGGAGGAUCAGAAGCGAGCGAGAACAGCAGGGAGAUCGUGGUGGAGUGUGCUUCCUCAAUAUAGACGGUAUCGAAGCGAGCAAGGAGACCGUCUCCUUCGUCUCGCGCCUACAUCAUGAUGACUAUGACUCGACCAUCAUCUUUUCACAACACCUCUUCCUCUCCUGUUUCCCUCUCGCUCGACUUCUUU